UGUACACACACGCACAGGCUCAACAAGUAUGCUUGUUUUUGUCGAGUUGGCGCGUUGGCUUUAGCAAGUUUAACUUGUGAAUUGAAAGGCUUAAAACAGAACUGGACGAAGAAAACAAUGACAUUUAGAAAAAUUAAUGUUGUUAUUCUGCUGCUGAUUGCUGUAGCAUUUUUAAUAAUUGUGCAUCGCAAUCUUAUAAGUUUGAAUGGCUUUCUGAGGAGUGUAAGUUCUGACUCUCACAAUAUGGGAUUACAGCCAAUUGACUUUCUGAUUGAAGCACCUCAGAGUUUUGAAGUUGCUAGGACAGGUGAAGAGGUUCCUGUGGUUAUCACUGCUGCAGGAGAGAGACUAGGAGCUUUAAUAGCAGCUAUGAACAGCAUAUACAGCAACACUAAGUCCAACGUUGUCUUCCACAUAAUCACAAUGAACGACACUGUAGAUCAUUUAAAAAACUGGCUUAGUAAAACUGGGCUGAAGGAUGUCAAGUACAGAAUUGUGCAGUUUGAUCCACAUGUUUUAGAGGGGAAAAUUCGGCACAGUCCUGCGGAAUCAGAACCUGUUAAACCGCUAACCUUUGCCAGAUUUUUUCUACCUACUUUUGUUCCAGAUGGAAAGAAGGCAAUUUAUUUGGAUGAUGAUGUCAUAGUGCAAGGUGACAUCCAGGAGCUGUAUAAUACCAAGCUAAAGGCAGGCCAUGCUGUUGCUUUUUCUGAUGACUGUGACAGUGCAUCUCUGAAAGGGCUAGUCAGGGGAGCAGGUAACCAGUACAACUACAUUGGUUUCCUGGAUUAUAAAAAGGAUUCCAUAAGGAAACUGGGAAUGAAGGCCACCACCUGUUCUUUCAAUCCUGGAGUGUUUGUGGCUAACCUGACUGAAUGGAAACGACAGAACAUCACAAAGCAGCUUGAAAAAUGGAUGGAACUUAAUGUAGCAGAGGAUCUUUACAGUCGAACCCUCGCUGGCAGUAUUACUACACCACCUUUACUUAUUGUGUUCUAUAAGAAACACUCGAGCAUUGAUCCAAUGUGGCAUGUGCGGCAUCUCGGUUCCACUGGUGCUGGAAACCGCUAUUCAUCUCGGUUUGUGAAAGCAGCCAAACUGCUUCAUUGGAAUGGUCAUUACAAACCCUGGGGCAGGACAUCUUCAUACAAAGACAUUUGGGACAAAUGGUACAUCCCAGAUCCAACAGGCAAAUUUCACCCAGUGCGGAAACACACUGAAGACAAAUAAUUACACGAUUUGAGAUUACUUCUUUCCCUCCAAUGUGUUAUUAGCGACUUCUCAGGACAGCUUGUUCCACUUGCGCAGGAUGACGACAGUGGGAGUUAGUAUUGUUUAUAACAUCUUUUUUGUACAUACUGUAUUUUGCACGCAGCAGCAGAGGCCAUAGUCUGCAGGUUUACAGGUACAGGAGGGAGCCAAAGCACACCAGUCAAGUCCCUGUAAACUCAGAGGGGUGUGAAAUCAUUCUUACUCCUGCGUUAAGGUGUUUGCCGAGAUCCUGUGUGAUAGAUAAACAUGUCUUUCACCUUUUAUACUUUUGAUGGUAUACUAACCUGUAGUUGUUAAGGAAUGUGUGGUAAGUCAUUGCAGUAUGUUUGUAAUUGAUGCAUUUCAUACCCAUCACCAUUUAAGAUUCAGCAUUUUUGAUGAUGCAGUUUGUUUUUACUACUCCAGUACAAAAACUAAAGUGUCUUAAGUUAAUUUACCUUUACUUAAUUGUAAUACCGUUAAUAAAAGUUACACGUUUUGAUUAUUU